AUGCAGUUUUUUUCCGUCAAACUUUAUCAAUCGAUUUCUGAGAUGAAGAUGGUGAUUAUAGGAGGAUUAGUAAUGGUACAAUUUGUAUACGCAGGCAACUCUUUGCUCAUGAGUUAUUUGAUGUCACUCAGUCUCGGUCCUUUGACCAUUGUCAUCUUCUCUACCUUUGCCACUUUCCUAAUCCUCUCCCCUUUUGCCAUUCUCUUCGAAAGGAAGCAAUGGCCAGAUGAGCUCAGCCCGAGGCUGAUUGGUAAACUAGUUCUGAUCUCCUUUGCAGGGGUUACUCUGUUCCAGACUCUGUUUCUGGAAGGAAUCAGGUUGACAUCACCAGCAAUGGCCACAGCGAUGCCUAAUCUCGCUCCUGGUCUCAUAUUUUUCAUCGCUUGGAUGGUUAGGUUAGAGAAGAUGGAUAUGAAAUGUGUGUACAGCAAACUGAAGAUCUUAGGGACGUUAUUGUGCGUAUUCGGUGCUUUAACAAUGAGCUUAAUGCACAGCGCUUCGAUCAUACAAGAUGAAAAAGAUAAUGCUUCAAUAUUCGUGUUUGAUCGUGAUAGAGUCGUGGGAUGCAUGUACCUUCUCGGAGCUGUCUUUAUCUUAUCCUCCAACGUUGUUCUUCAGGCAUCGACAUUGGCAGAGUUUCCAGCACCAAUAUCGUUAAGUGCAAUAACGUCAUUGAUAGGAGUGGUGAUAACAACAAUGUUACAGUUAUUACAAAACCCGAACACUAAAGUAGUUACAAGAUCAUUAAUUAGCAUCAGUAACCUCGUUGGUUUUUCUCUUCUGGGAGGGAUGGUGAGUGGAGCAUGUGUUAGUUUCAAUGGUUGGGCGAUGAAGAAGCGUGGACCGGUUAUGGUAUCAAUGUUUAGUCCUAUCGCUACCGUUAUUUCGGUUGGCUUAUCCGUUGUUACGUUAGGAGAACCCGUUAGAAUUGGAAGUGUGGGAGGGAUGGCGUUGAUGUUUAUAGGACUGUACCUUGUGUUGUGGGCUAAAGGCAAAGAAGGAUUCUCACAGAUUGAUAGUUUUGAGAGUGAGUAUGACCCUAAGAAGCCUCUAUUGUCUUGAAUCUUGAUCACCUUUUCAUUAUUAUUUACAUUUUCCCCCUAUCAUUUCA